AUGGUCCUUAGGUUGAAAAAGCUUGGCAGUUCCAAGCUCGUGCCACCCUUUCAAAUGGUAACUCAGGAACAGGUUCUUACCGCACCAAGGGUUAAUGUACAACGUUUUGUCGAAAUAAUCACUUCCCCAAUAUUUCCGGAACAAGCAUCUAAAGAAUGGGUUUUGCAGCAUCAAAAUUUUGUUCUGCAGGCAUGUCUUGCUUAUUUUUUUGUUAUAUUUGGACUGAAAUAUAUCGUCAUGCGAAACCGGCCCCCUUUUGAUCUUACAUUGCCUCUGAACAUUUGGAAUGGACUUCUAGCAUUAUUCAGCAUUGUAGGGACUGCUAUGCUUUUUCCAGAAUUUAUUGGAACUAUUCGGAACAAUGGUUUCCAAGCUUCGUAUUGCAAAGUUUAUGGUUUUACUAAGGGUUCUAAUGGUUUUUGGGGUUGGCUGUUUAUUGUGUCCAAGCUGUUCGAGCUAGCAGAUACUGUAUUUGUCGUCUUACGAAAAAAGCCAUUGAUGUUCCUGCAUUGGUACCACCAUAUUCUUACCCUCAUUUAUGCAUUUUAUUCUUAUCCACAUACACCCGGAUUCAAUCGUUGGGGCAUUUUCAUGAAUUUUUUUGUGCAUGCGUUUAUGUACAGCUAUUACUUGUUACGCUCGAUGAAAAUCCAGAUCCCGCGCGCUGUUGCGAUGUUCGUUACAUCCCUUCAGAUACUUCAAUUCGUCCUCAGUGUUCUAAUACUCAUUCAUCUUGGAGUACUGAUUUACAUCCGAAAUGUGGACUGUGAUUUUGAUGAUAGCAUCUUCAAGUUCGCACUAUUCAUGGAUGUUACUUAUUUGAUCCUUUUCAUCAACUUUUUCUUCAAAGCGUAUAUGUCUGGUAGUGGUAAACCAAAAUUUGUGAGUGACAAAAAGAAACAUUAA